GCACCACUUAAAUAAAAGAGAAGAAAUUGCGAAAUUGCUCUUUUAACUCUGCUGCGCCUGUGUUCCCGAUUCUCCAUUCUCCAAGCAACCAUGGUUCUCGAGGCGACUAUGAUAUGCAUCGACAAUUCAGACUGGAUGCGAAACGGUGAUUACUCUCCCUCUCGAUUUCAAGCUCAAUCCGACGCUGUUAGUCUCAUCUGCGGCGCCAAAACCCAGUCAAAUCCGGAGAAUACUGUUGGAAUUUUGACAAUGGCGGGAAAAGGGGUUCGCGUAUUGGCCACUCCAACUACUGAUCUCGGCAAGAUUUUGGGUUGUAUGCAUGGUCUUGAAAUGGGCGGUGAGAUGAACAUAGCUGCUGGGAUUCAGGUGGCUCAGCUGGCUCUUAAGCAUCGCCAGAACAAGAAUCAGCAACAAAGGAUUAUAGUUUUUGCUGGAAGUCCUGUUAAGUAUGAGAAGAAGGUAUUGGAGAUGAUUGGGAAGAAACUAAAGAAGAAUAGUGUUGCUCUUGAUAUUGUAAAUUUUGGUGAAGAAGAUGAUGCGAAGCCAGAGAAGUUGGAAGCCCUUCUUGCUGCUGUUAAUAAUAAUGACACCAGUCAUAUGGUCCAUGUUCCUCCUGGUCCCAAUGCUCUCUCAGAUGUGCUUAUAAGUACACCAGUAUUCACUGGAGAUGGGGAUGGAGGGAGUGGCUUUGCAGCAGCGGCUGCAGCCGCUGCAGCAUCUGGUGGUGCUUCUGGCUUUGAAUUCGGUGUAGAUCCCAAUAUAGAUCCUGAGCUGGCUCUGGCCCUCAGAGUUUCUAUGGAAGAGGAAAGAGCAAGGCAAGAGGCUGCUGCGAAAAGGGCUGCUGAGGAAGCUGCUAGGCAAGAAAAAGGAGAGGAAUCGUCAUCCAAAGCAGAGGAUGCAACUAUGACUGAUCAUGUUAAUGAUUCCGCCUCUGAAGAGAAUAAGAAGACCACUGAUGACAUGGCUCUUGGAAUGUCGAUGAAUAUCUCUGGAUCUGGUCAUGCAAUAGAUGCUGAGAUGUUAGAUGCGACUAGUGAGGAUCAGGAGUUGGCCUUAGCUCUCCAAAUGUCCAUGCAAGAAAGUACUCCAUCAGAUGCCAGCAAAGUGUUGGAGGAUCAGUCUUUUGUCUCAUCUAUCCUUGCAACUCUUCCUGGAGUUGAUCCCAAUGAUCCUGCAGUCAAAGAUCUCCUCGCAUCUUUACAAAAUCAAUCUGAGCCAAAGAAGGACGAUGAGCCCCCGAAUGAGAGCAAGUGAAAGUUUAAGAUUAUGCUUCUAAUACUUGAGAUUAACAGGUUCACUGGUCAUGAGUUCUUUAUCCCUUGGAAGGCUUAUCUAUCUCUUAGGAUGAUUCAAGACCUGACAAAGAGAAUGAAAAGUUCUGAUUUCCUUCCUGUCUAUGAAAUUUGCGUUGAUUUUCAUAAUCUUGUAGUGGCAAAGAUCAAUUCCAGACAUUGUAUAAAUGAGAUGAAUUGUGGCUCUGAUUGCUUACUUGGUGGAAAGAAGAAAGGACGGCAUUUGGCGGUA